AUGAGUCUCCACCUGCCCAAGCACCACUGGGGCACGCGGGGCAUGGACGCCUACGAGAAGCUGGAGUGCAUCGGCGCCGGCACGUACGGCCAAGUGUACAUGGCUAAGGACAAGGCCACGGGCGAAGUGGUGGCGAUCAAGAAGAUCCGCAGUCUUAACGAAGUGCAGGGCCUGCCGGUGACAACCAUCCGCGAGAUCAAAGUGCUCAAGUGUCUGAACCACCCGAACCUCGUCGAGCUCAAGGAAGUGGUGGUUUCAUCUGAGAAUGACGAUGAUGACGCGGAGUUCACGGACAAGGAUGAGCCGCUGGACUACUGCCACGGAUCCAUCUACUUGGUGCUGGAGUAUCUCGAGCACGACUUGACGGGUCUCAUUGACCGGCAGCACCCCUUCGAUGAUACGGAGAUCAAGUGCCUGAUGAAGCAGUUGCUGGACGUCAUGCAGUACAUGCACUCCAUUGACAUCAUCCACCGAGACAUCAAGUGCUCCAAUUUGCUGAUGACGAGAGAUCACCUGCUCAAAGUUGCAGACUUUGGAUUGGCGCGCUCCUUGCGUGGUGACCAGCUUUUCACGAACAAGGUGGUCACGUUGUGGUACCGCCCACCCGAGCUGCUCCUUGGUGCCACGAGCUAUGAUGCGAGUAUUGACAUGUGGAGCAUUGGCUGUGUGUUUGCCGAGCUGUACAUUGGUCACCCUAUCUUCCAGGGCAAGACGGAGCUGGAGCAAAUUACGAAAAUCUUCGACAUUUGCGGCACACCGACUACGGAAUCCUGGCCUGAUUACAAGUUCUUGACGCACAGCAGUACCUUUGUUCCUGAAAAACCGAAGCCGAAGCGCCUGCGUGAGUAUUUGAUGCGCGAAACCACUGCGCGUAAGAGGAUAUUGCCCAAGGGCGCGCUCGAGCUGAUGGAAGCCCUGCUCGUGUUGGACCCGGAGCAGCGGUUGACGGCUUCGGAUUGCCUCAACUCGCACUACUUCAAGGCUCGGCCCUUGCCUCCGAGUGAUCCGAAGAAGCUCCCUCCCAUCACAAACCUUCCGCCGUCCCAUGAAUAUCAGACCAAGAAGAUCCGCCGCGAACAGGCGAAGCAGUUGAACGGUGGUGGUAACAAUCACAGCAACAGUAAUACGGGAGCUGGAGGUGCUGGAGGUCGUGCGUCACGCCCGACUAGCCCUCCGGGUGCGAGUAGUGGCGGUCGCUCGAAACAAAACGCUGCGAAGGAUGGUGCCGAGGUGUCUGUGAAAACUGAGAUCAAGAGAGAAGAGGAUCCUGGUAAAAAGAGACGACGUGUGGCGUAAGGGCAUCGUCCGAGCAGCAAAGCAUGUGUUGAGCUCGUUCAUGCGGUGCUUUGCUCUCGAUCGUGACUCAUCGAGCUGUUAGGUCUUUGAAUAUACGCGUAAAACGUC